AUGUUCCCCUGUGCCAAACUCGUGCUCCCCGCUCUGAUCCGUGCUGGAUCCGGAAUUGUAUACAGACCAAUUUCUGCAGCAGUGUUGUCUCGACCAGAGGUCAGGACUGGAGAGGGCAAUACAGUAUCUUAUGGGGCCCAGAAGAGGGUAUCUCAGCUAGCACUAAGGGAGUUCCAGACCAGUGCUAUCAGCAAAGACAUUGAUACUGCUGCCAAAUUUAUUGGUGCAGGUGCUGCCACAGUAGGAGUGGCUGGUUCUGGUGCUGGUAUUGGAACUGUCUUUGGUAGUCUGAUUAUUGGUUAUGCCAGAAACCCCUCACUGAAGCAGCAGCUGUUCUCAUAUGCUAUCCUGGGAUUCGCCUUGUCUAAAGCUAAGGGUCUCUUUUGUUUGAUGGUUGCCUUCUUGAUCUUGUUUGCCAUUUAAUAAAUUGCU